UGUUAUAAGGUUUCUGCAGUGUUUUGGGUUUCAUGUGUUUCUUCCGUGAUGUGUUAACGUCAAUAAGUGAUUGUUUGGCUUACUUUGUCUCUUAAAGCUACGUCAAAAAACACAGAAUAAAAAACAUCUUUCGUGUCGGAUAUUAUUUUGCUAAAGAUGUCCACACUUCGGGGUCUCAAGGGGUUCAUCAGCCAGCGGCUAACGGCGGCUGUGGAGGACAUUCUGGGACACUUGGAGAAAACAAUCCUGGAGUAUGAGGAGGAGACGGAGCGCCGCCAUCGCGACCUUUUGGAUGUGGUUCUAACGGCUGAGAUGAAGCAGCAAGAAGAUGCGGACAUCCAGGAACCUUUGGCAGGAAAACAGAGUCCUUCAACGCAGGAGAGGAGAUCCCAUCCGGAACAAGAGAAUCCCAACUCCGCACUCCUAAACAUCAAACAAGAACAGGAGGAGAUCAGCAUCUCUGAGCUCCGAUCCAGCCCCGUCUUUGUGAAGACGGAAGAUGAGGACAAACCCCAGUUUCCUCAGGUUGAAGAGCCCAUCAUCAUUCUGGAUGAAGAGGACUCGGAAGGACCGGAACCACAGACGGUACUCAAGACUGAAGCCAAAGCUGAUCUUUGCAGUACGACCCAGGAGCCUCAUUCAGACGUAAAUAUCAACAAUGCUUUAAAUACGAUUGGAUUGAAUUCUCUUAACUUGUUUCGGUGCUCUGAAUGUGGGAAAACAUACAGCUCCCAGAGUUACCUGAAACUGCACACACAAUAUCACGCAGAAAGACCCUACAGGUGCCCCGUGUGCAGGAAGUGCUUCACGUGGAGAGGACGUCUACAGAAGCACAUGAGGACCCACACCGGGGAGAAGCCUUUCAAAUGCACCGUGUGCUGCAAACGCUUCAGUGAAAGUGGGAAUCUGAAGGUCCACAUGAGGAUCCACACGGGAGAAAAACCCUUCAGCUGCUCCUUUUGCGGAAAAAGCUAUGCCCAGCGAGGAAAUUUAAAGAUGCACAUGGCGAUGCAUAGAGGCGAGACGACGGUCAGCUCCUCACGGCUUCAGCACAGCCAGACGGAGAGCAGAACCUCUUUGAGAGGACCGGAAGAAACGGCACACUCUGACCCACAUCCGCGCUUUCAAGCGAGUCCUGGACUUCAGCACGUGACGGGAAACGGCGGAGUCCCCGCCAACUGUUGGAGGGCGACCGCGUGCAAAAAAAGCUACAGCUGUUCUGAAUGCGGGAAGAGAUUUGGAUUUAAGGGACAGCUGGCGUCACACAUGAGAGCUCACACGGGCGAGAAGCCCUUCAGGUGUCCGGUCUGCUGGAAGUGCUUCUCCUGGAACGCGUGUUUGCAGAAACACAUGAAGAUUCACACGGGCGAGAAACCGUACAGGUGCACGGUGUGCGGCAAAGGAUUCAUCGAAAGCGGCAACUUGAAGGUGCACAUGAGGAUUCACACCGGGGAGAAGCCGUUUAACUGCUCCGAGUGCGGCAAACGAUACAGACAAAAAGGGAGUCUGACCAAACAUAUGGAUGUUCACAGGGAGCUGAAGUGACUCAAGUCUGCUCGACAACAGACAAAGAAUCAGUUUCCUUUGAUGUUCUGAACUUUGACCUACUGAAAAAUCUAUUUGACCAAUUAAAUGGUAGCAAUAACUCAUUUUAGCGCAUACCGGUUGAUGCCCGUCUUUAACCCUUGUGCUAUCCUAGGCACAUUGACAUUGGGAGUUGGGUCAUCUAGACCCACUAGACAGUGCUCUGAACCUUUUUUCUUCAAUGAUUUGUGAUCUUCACUGGUGUCCAUGGAUUACAUGAAAUCUUUCCACCUUUAUCCACCUUUGUCAUGGUAGGGAGAA